GUAGGUGUCGGGUUCCACCGACCGUUUGCUCUCCCUUCAGCCCACCAGCCUCGCCAUGUUGUCAGGGUAAAUCUUUUGCUCCACUUUCACCGCUUUGCCACAGACCAUAAGUUUCAUAGCUACGGUGUCAGCGGUUAGAUACCCACCAUGUCGAGUGUUUCSUACCACAUCUCCAGCUUGUUGGAGAAAAUGACAUCAACUGACAAAGAUUUCAGGUUUAUGGCCACCAAUGACCUGAUGUUGGAACUGCAGAAAGACAGCAUUAAGCUGGAUGAGGACAGUGAGAGAAAGGUGGUAAACAUGCUGCUCAGACUGCUGGAGGACAAAAACGGAGAGGUGCAAAACCUGGCUGUAAAAUGUCUGGCCCCUCUGGUGAGUAAGGUGAAGGAGCCUCAGGUGGAGGUGAUGGUGGACAUACUUUGUACCAACAUGACGUCAGAUAAGGAGCAGCUGAGAGACAUUUCCAGCAUGGGACUGAAGGCCGUGAUCGCUGAGCUGCCACUGUCGGCCUCAGGUUUGAGUCUCACAGCCAGCGUGUGUAAGAAGAUUACCUCUCAGCUGAUUGGUGCCCUUGGGAAACAAGAAGACGUGUCCGUUCAGUUAGAGGCUCUGGACAUCCUGUCUGACAUGUUAGGAAGGCUGGGUGGCGCUCUGGUUGGUUUUCACAGCUCUCUCCUCUCCAGCCUGCUGCCUCAGCUUACCAGCUCCAGAAUGGCGGUCAGGAAGCGUUCCAUCUUGGCUCUCGGCCAGUUGGUGGCCUGCUGUAGCUCCGCCCUUUUCUCUCAACUGACUGAACACCUGUUGAAAGAACUGGCAAAAAACCCGCAAACAUCACUGACGAGGACAUACAUCCAGUGCUUGGCAACUGUUAGUCGGCAAGGCGGCCAUCGAGUUGGAGAGCAUUUAGAGAAACUGAUCCCAAUGGUGGUGAAGUUCACCAGUGUGGAGGACGAUGAGCUGAGGGAGUAUUGCUUCCAGGCCUUUGAAGCCUUUAUACGAAGAUGUCCAAAGGAGAUGUCACCUCAUGUUGCCACAGUGACUAAGCUCUGUCUGAAGUUCAUGACCUUUGACCCUAACUACAACUAUGAUGACACAGAGGAAGAUGAAGACAGCAUGGACAUAGAGGGUGGAGCUGAUGAAGAAUCAGAUGAUGAGUACAGUGAUGACGAUGACAUGAGCUGGAAGGUUCGCCGCUCCGCCAUCAAGUGUCUGGAGGCGUUGAUCAGCACGAGGAGAGACCUUCUCCUCUCUUUCUACUCCUCCAUCUGCCCGGCUCUGCUGGCCCGAUUCAAGGAGCGCGAGGAGAACGUGAAGGCUGACGUUUUUGCUGCUUUUUCCACUCUCCUGAGGCAAACACGAGGCGGUUCAAGUCAUCACAGCCUCAUUGCGGCCAGUUCAGAGCCAGGAACGAGCCGGGAGGAAGAACCAGAGGUCGCUUUGCUGAAAAAAGAGGUGCCGGUGAUUGUGAAGGCUCUCCAUAAACAGUUAAAGGAGAAGAGUCUUAAAUCUCGGCAGGGCUGCUUCUGUCUUCUCACAGAGCUGGCCUACACAGUACCUGGAGCCUUGGAAGAGCAUAUACCCGUCCUUAUACCUGGCAUUGUCUUUUCCCUGACUGAUAAAUCCACCUCCUCCACCAUGAGGAUUGAUGCUCUUUCGUUCUUCCACGUUCUUCUCAUCUCCCACCAUCCCCAAGCCUUUCAGCCACACAUGCAGACGCUGCUGCCUGCCGUCCUAACAUGCGUUGAGGACACUUUCUAUAAGAUCACUGCAGAGGCGCUGCUGGUCACUCAGCAGUUAAUCAAAGUGAUGAGGCCACAGGGACAGACGACCACAUCCUCAGGUUUUGACCCGAAGCCUUUUAUUCAGAAGGUGUUUUCAGUAACAAUGAAGAGGCUCAAAGCAACAGACAUCGACCAGGAAGUGAAGGAGAGAGCCAUUUCCUGUAUGGGUCACAUGGUGUGUCAUCUUGGCGACCACCUGGGGACGGAGCUGCAGGGAGUGUUGGGGAUCUUUUUGGACAGAUUGAAAAAUGAGAUAACAAGACUGACAGCGGUGAAGACCCUCACCCUCAUCUCUGCAUCUCCACUAAAGAUUGACAUGACCUCCAUCCUGCCGGAGGCUUUGUCGGUGUUGGGGUCUUUCUUGCGGAAGAACCAGCGGGUUCUGAAGCUCAGCACGUUGGCGUGUCUCACAGCGCUGGUUACCCAUCAUGCUGCCAGCAUCAAGCCAGCUGCUCUGGAGCCUGUGUUAAGUGAGAUUCCUCCUCUGGUGGAUGAGAGCGACAUGCAUGUAUCACAGGUGUCCAUUACCUUGUUAACUUGCAUGGCCAAAGCCUGCCCCUCCUCCCUGGCUAAAAUCAGCUCAUCUGUGCUGUCCGGAGUCUUUAAGCUCAUCCACUCCCCGCUGCUGCAGGGUGGAGCACUUCUGGCUAUACUGGACUUCCUCCAAGCCCUGGUGGUGAGCAAGGCUACAAACCUGGGCUACAGUCAGUUGCUUAAGUCUCUUAUGGAGCCAUUUCAAAGCUCCAAGUCCUCUGCAGACGUCCUGCACAGACAGUCCUACCACUCUGUGGCUCGCUGUGUGGCUGCUCUGUCCUCUGCUUCUCCAAAAGAGACGCCUGGCACUGUGACCAGCCUCAUACAGCAGGUGAAGAACUCCAGCUCCCCAGAGUCGGCUCGAGUCCUGUCUCUGUUGUGUCUGGGGGAGGUGGGAAGGAGCGGCAGUCUGGGAGGGAGUAAGGAGGUUCAGGAAGUCAUCUUGGAGGCCUUCUCCUCAACCAACGAGGAGAUAAAAACAGCGGCGUCCUGCGCUUUAGGAGGCAUGGCGGUCGGCAGCCUAAAUGAGUUUCUGCCCUUCAUGCUGAAGGAGAUCUCAGCUCAACCACGAAGACAAUACCUGCUGCUUCACUCCCUCAAAGAGGUCAUCAGCGCAUGUCCAGCCUCCAGUCUCUCACCUCAUGUGGAGUCGAUCUGGGCUUUGCUGUUUCAGCACUGUGAGAGUCAGGAGGAGGGGACCAGGAACCUAGUGGCUGAAUGUUUGGGAAAACUGACCUUAGUCAACCCUGCACAACUUCUGCCCAGACUAAAACAACAACUUAAAGCUGGUUCUCCUCUGACUCGCAGCACGGUGGUGACAGCUGUAAAGUUCACCAUCGUUGACCAUCCAGCUCCCAUAGACUCACUGCUGAAAGACAGCAUUGGUGACUUUCUAAAGACCCUGCAGGACAGUGACAUCAACGUGCGCCGUGUCGCCUUGGUGAUGUUUAACUCUGCUGCUCAUAACAAACCAUCUCUGGUCAAAGGUCUGCUGGGAACAAUCCUGCCUCACCUUUACAAGGAAACCCAGAUCAGGAAGGACCUCAUCAGGGAGGUGGAGAUGGGACCUUUCAAACACACGGUGGAUGAUGGUUUGGAUGUGCGUAAAGCAGCAUUUGAGUGUAUGUACACUCUACUGGACAGCUGCCUAGAGGGGCUGGACGUCCUGCAGUUUCUGGAUCAUGUGGAGGAAGGACUCAAAGACCACUAUGAUAUCAGGAUGUUGACCUUUUUGAUGUUGGCCAGACUGGUUUCUUUGUGUCCUGCUGCUGUUCUCCAAAGACUAGACCGACUGGUGGAACCUCUUAAAGCCACCUGCACCACCAAAGUAAAGGCCGGCUCUGUAAAACAGGAGUUUGAGAAGCAGGAGGAACUGCGGCGCUCAGCCAUGCGCGCUGUCGCCGCCCUGCUGGCUGUGCCAGAGGUGGAGAGAAGUCCCAGCAUGGCUGAAUUCGCCAACCAGAUUAGAUCCAACGUUGACAUGGCGUCCAUCUACCAGAGUGUCCAGGGAGGGGAGGCAGGAGGCUUAGGCCCCACAGAGAGCAUGGAUAUGAGCUAAGCUCUCCUCCUUAAGUGCCUUAGAAGAGAAAAUGUUGGUUUUCCAGUUUGUUUGUUUGUUUUUUUGUAUUUUUAGAGCUUCAGGCCAAUGUUUGAUCUAACGUUUGAUGUUUUGUUUACUGUGUGAAAUUUUUUUCUGCCUUGUUGGAUCCUGUCAAUGUGGGCUGAAUAAAUUUUGAAAUAAACUAUUCUGAAAAUAGUGCUUUUUCCGCAA